AUGAACACAAUCUGCCAGGAUCACGAGCAGGAGCUGCUUGCUCUUCCUGUUGCUUUCUUCUACCCCUGGCACAUCACACGCGAGCAUGCUGACUUGGUCCACUGGAUCGGUUUCUUUGAUCAAACGAACUCGGACUCCGGAGCGAGCAACAGAAGAUGCGUGUUUGGUGUCAAGUCAGGGGGGACUUGGUCUGCUCCGUGGCCCGUUCAUCAUCGGGCCCGUUUCUUAUCGAAAGUUGUUGUUCUGCAGCAUCUCGCGGCAGUACGACUUCACACAAGACAAGCAAGCCCUAGGUACGCUGGGAAGCCACACAAGAUGAAGAGGAGCGGUGGUGGCGGCGGCGGCGGCGGCAACACAGCAUCGUGCAGAAAACGAAUAAUGUACUUCUCGGUCGUUGUCAACGAUUUCCCUUCUCUUUCACGAAGCAUCGCGACAGCAGACACCAGAACAUGCGCACGGAGUAGCAUGCAGCUUAGAUGCCUCACGCCCAGCAUCGGCGUCAGUCAGCAAUGGAAAUGCCAGAGUGAGAGUCAGAUCCAGGUCCCGGAGAGAACUGGCGAGCGGUUGCCGAUCGAAGAACGCCUCCCCUUACCCUACCGCUCCUUCCCUGCAAUUCCCCAGUCAUAG